CAAAUGUCUAACUAAAGUUUCAAAACGGUUUCAAGGUAUUGCGUUUUGAAAGUCUCUUGCCUCAUAGGUGCCAGAAGAGGUUUGAAAAUUAAUUUUUCUUUUUAAUUCGUAGAAGAUUAACGUGGCCAAAUUACAUAAUCGUUUUAAAGAUGAAUAAAGAAGAAUCCGACGAAUCUCAGUAUUACGUGAAGUGGGAGACGCACGGGCGUUUUGUAACAUCGGUUCUUUGUUCAUUGCUCGAGCACCAAAGUUUGGUUGAUGUGGUGAUAUGUUGUGGCACUAACACGAUUCAUGUCCACAAAUGCGUUUUGGCAGCGAACAGCCAGUAUUUUCGCGAGCAGUUGGAGAGAAAUAUGGGUACGGAACAAAUCAUCAUGACCGGCAUUGACUUUGUGAUAGUAAGAUCCCUAAUCGAGUACAUGUACUGUGGAAUCACAAACAUAUCCCACAAGAACUUAAAGUACAUGAUUGCAGCUGCAAACUUUUUCCAAAUACGUGGUAUACAAGUACUUGUAUCCGAUCAGCCUGAAAUCGGCUACGAAGCAGGCCUAAUUAACAUUCCUCCCCCUGUGUUCUUAACUAAGAAGCCCAAAUAUGCCAACUCCUGCCGAGCGCUUAACACCCCAUCUCCCCCAGAAAAUUAUAACAUGUUUAAAAUGCCAAAUGGCAAUGAUUCCUAUGUGCAGAAGAAAUACAAGCGUAAGUUUGUUAGAUCCGAAGCAGAGAAAGCUUGUGCCAAAGAGGCGGCCGCUAGCAGAUUAGCUCUAGAAGCACUCCAACGUGAAAUAGCAUCCACUCCUCAAGUGGGAUCAUUUGUAAUCGAAGAGUCUUGCACUGAAACCACGGUUGAAAACUUCAUACCACACACUGAUGAAACGUAUAGUGAGCACUUAGACCAUGAUAAAAACGUACCAGAACUCCAGGUGAUGAAUUUUCAAGACCUCAGCAACUCUACUUUCGUUAACACUCAAAUGAUCGACAUGGAAAAGACACAAGCAGUAGGUAGCAUCAUGCAGUUUGAUAUGUCAACAGAUAAAUUACAACACAUGCUUGGUGCCGAGGUACCCACCAAUCUUGAGAUCAUGUUCCGUACCAGUGAGGGGCAGCUUGUUAAUAUCACCGAGGAGCAAUUUCACAAUCUCUCCGAUGGAACACUGCAAUACCAGUUUGUGGAUGAAGACGGUCAACUUAGUGAGGUACGACAACUACAAGUUCCCGAGCAACAACCCACACUGCCUAGUUACCAGACUACUGAACAACACCCCUUCCUUGAACCAUCCAACUUCUCGGAGGGGUGCGAAAAAAAUGAACCUAAUCCGCAAGGAACCAUUCCCAGUGAUAUGUCGCUAGAAUGUAAAGAAGAUGCAUCUGAUAGUUUCUUAGAAACACUACGUCCCUAUUCGUCCGAAAAUGUGGGGAAAGUUAAAGCUUCCGACGUCGAUCUUGAAGAUAUUGUAGAUAUUACAGACAUUAUAGAUGAAACUGGCCUAAAUACACUUACUAAAGGGGAUCCACUUCAGGAAUCUUCUAAUCGACAAGACGCUAGUCUAUUGGGGGGUGGGGAUUGUGAAAUUAUUGAGGAAGAACUCUCCCCGGUCAAAAUGAGUGGACCUCGACGGAUGGCGACUAGUCGUAAAAAAAGAUUGCAGUAAUUAGUUUGUUGUUAUAAAUAUUACGUUUGUGUUUUUCAUAUUUGUUGUGAUUACCAUCAUUGCAUUGUAAGCUAAGAAGUUCAGAGUGUGAUCAGAGGAACAAUUCAAUUUGUAUUACAAAGCUCAUAAUUAUAAGGCCUCUUUUUGUA